CCAAUACGUUUUUUAAUGCGGAUAUUGCCAUUUGUCGUCGUACACAAUCUAAAAGUUAUGCAUUUGUCAAACUAGCAGUUACUUUAUUAUGGGUUAUUUCAGUCUACUCAGAUAAUUAAAUCUAUACGUCUACAGAUGUGCGUCGGGUUCAAAGUUGAAUUGUGCCGCAGCCUUCAAGGAAGGUGAUCUGUCAGCUACUUCCUCACUACUAGCGUUGCAGCUAAUUUACAGUCUAACCGUUGUCAUAUUUUUAAAGUAGGUCUUCAUAACAGCCAGUCUCAGGUAGGAGGUGAUCAGGGGCAGGGCCGGUGACGAGGGAGGAGGGAUGCCUGUUGAGAGCGGAAGCAGCAGCUCUGCUUCGGCUGCCCGUCACCCCAAGCAGAAGCGCAAGGCCCACAGCCUUUCCAUACGUCGCACAAACAGCACGGAGGAGAGGCCGCCUGGUAUGCACAGAGACAUGCUGGAGGGACAGGAUUCCAAGCUCCCCCUAUCCUUGCGAAACAAUCUCCUUGACCUUUUCGGGCAGAUCGAGAGAGAGUUUGAGAAUCUGUACAUCGAAAACCUUGAAUUGCGUCGAGAGAUCGAUUCCCUGAACGAGCGUCUGACUGGUGAUGGACAGAUCCUGGAGGGGGGAGACCCCAAUAAGGGGGCUCUCAAAGCAAAAGCGAGCCAUAGCACCAGUCAACUGUCCCAGAAGCUGAAGACGACAUACAAAGCCUCUACCAGCAAGAUUGUGUCCAGUUUCAAGGCCACCACCGGCUCACGGGCUAUCUGCCAGCUUCUGAAGGAGUAUGUUGGCCACAGGGAUGGCAUCUGGGACCUGGGCAUCACCCGGACCCAGCCCGUGGUGCUGGGAACCGCCUCUGCAGAUCACUCUGCUCUGCUGUGGAGCAUCGAGACAGGGAAGUGUGUUCUGAGGUAUGCCGGCCACGCAGGAUCAGUCAACUCUAUCAAGUUCCACCCCACCGAGCAGAUGGCUUUAACAGCCUCUGGAGACCAGACGGCACACAUCUGGCGGUACAUGGUGCAGCUGCCCGCCCCCCCGCCUCAACCCGAUGCCACCGCCUCUUGCGACGAUGACCCAGACCUGUCGGACCGAGAGGAUGGGGACCUAGACGGAGAGGGUCCCGGCGAGGUGCCCACCAUCCGCGUCGCCACGGCAACCCUGAAGAGCCACCAGGGCGUGGUGAUCGCCGCCGAUUGGCUGGUCGGGGGGCGACAGGUGGUGACGGCGUCCUGGGACCGCGCGGCUAACCUGUACGAAGUAGAGACCUCGGAGCUGGUCCACACGCUGACUGGCCAUGACCAGGAGCUGACCCACUGCUGCACCCACCCGUCUCAGCGGCUGGUGGUGACGUCGUCCAGAGACACCACCUUCAGACUGUGGGACUUCAGGGACCCUUCCAUUCACUCUGUCAACGUCUUCCAGGGACACACAGACACGGUGACGUCAGCAGUCUUCACCGUGGGCGACAACGUGGUCUCGGGAAGCGACGACCGCACCGUCAAGGUGUGGGACCUGAAGAACAUGCGGUCGCCCAUAGCAACCAUCCGCACCGACUCAGCCGUCAAUAGGCUGAGCGUGUCCACCAACCAGCGGAUCAUCGCCCUGCCGCAUGACAACCGCCAGGUCCGCCUCUUCGACAUGAACGGCGUGAGGCUGGCCAGGCUCCCGCGCAGCAACAGAAUGGGCCACCGGCGCAUGGUGUGCUGCUCGGCGUGGAACGAGGAGAACCAGUCGUGCAACCUGUUCACGUGCGGCUUCGACCGCCAGGCCAUCGGCUGGAACAUCAACAUCCCCGCCCUGCUGCAGGAGAAGUGACCGCCCUCCCCCCCCCGACACAACCACACCCACCAUCACCACCACACCCACCACCACCACCACACCAACCACCAUCCACCCCGUCUAUCUGGGACUGACGCCCCCAAGAGCCAAAAUUCACAUAGAAGAAUAUAGGAUCCUACCAUCGGCCAGUCGUCGCGCAGAGAAGUGGAAGGCGCCGCGGAAGUUGAGCGUAUGUCGUGUACACUGGCGGAUUGUUGCUGUUCUUGUUGUCCACCAUUCUGUUUGAUUAUUUCCUGCUGCCUUCCGAGCUGUACAUAGUCUGUUGUUUGGUAAGCGGCUGGACAUAAGAUCACUCUUAUUUUGUUGUUGUGCUUUUCAACUGUUUCAACGUGAAGAUCAUGUUUUUGUGUACAACAAUAUAGUGUGUGUGUAUGUGUGUGCGUGUGUGAUCCAGUUGGCUAGCGUUUAGAACACAAUUAUCAAUAUUGCUGCCUGUUAUUUAUUCAUGUAAACAAAUAUAGCUUUUAGAGUUGGCACAAUAUAUUACUCUGUGUGUCCAAAUGUACCAGUGGUGUAGUUGAUAGUGUCACCCUUUGCCAUUUAUUCUUUUCUUCCAUAUUGCUGUCCCGUCUUCGUAUUCCCCGUGUGGGAAUUCAGUCUGAGCUAGAGACGGAAGACAGUACCUGUCUGUGCAGAGUUUCACUUGGGCUGCUACUCUGAACAUGUAACUGUAAGAACGGCUAGAUGUGACGUGCUUAUUCUCCUAUUCUCCUCCUGACCCAACCGUCUCCUACAGUUGGAGACUUGCUUCAUUUCCCUCGCUGCUGCUUUCACUUUCCAGUGCUUUUCGUUCUUCGUUACUUAAAAAACUUCUUGUGAUGUUGUUGCCUUUCUUAGUAUAGUUUUAGGACGUUUUGGGAUGUUUAUGCAUUUUGUCCUACUCUGUCUGCUGUUAACCACACAGCAAUAUUGCGAGGAAAAUAAAGCACCAACCUUUUUUUGGUUUUGUAAAUAUAGUCAUUGCUUUGCGAAGUCCUCUUGCGAGCUGUAAAUAGGUCAUGUUUGAAAUCUUCCUGUACUCUGUAUAUGCUCAGCUGAAAUGUGUACUGACUACAGCCAUAUCCAUGCCUUCCCUUGUUCCCUGAAGCCAUUCAAUAGAAACACAAGCCCACCUUCUCCAGUCUGGGUCCAACUUUGGACCUUGUGUCUCUGGUGUAACUGUUGAGCUUAAAGUAAAUAUAUCAAUCACUUGUGAUCUUGGCUAUUUAUUAAUUGCUGUCCUUCAGUAAGCACGAGUCCAUAGAAGGCUCGGAUCACGGGGCUUACACUUUGCCUCAAAGAGUUUGGUUACAGUCAAACUCAAUGCAUCCGCUCCAACUGAGGGUUGAUAAGAAGGGCCUUUUAUUCAGCAACAGAAAACCUUGUAACCUUGUAACACACCUUGCAAGGUGUAAAUUGAAAUUCACACUGGGUCACAUGAAUAUUUUUUACAUGACAGUAAAGGAUAGGAUUGUGGGUUCACACCGUGAACUCAAAACAAUGCUGUCAUUGGUCACUUUCACUUGUUUGGUCAUGUAUAUAAAUGCUGUAAAUCACAAA